AAAAAGGUGUUUACCAUUAUGUCUACUUGACCAAGCAUUUUGUCAACAUGAGUGAUUGGAUUGGUUGACGGAAAUUGAAAAUUGUUCUAUAAAUGAUUUAACUUCCCCAAUUGAUAUUUCUCUUCCUCUUUCAGUUUUCCAUCACUUUUUUUUUCUUUUUUUCUUUUUUUAUUUCAUUUCUUCUCAUUAUGCAAUCAUCAAUGGAUACGCUUUAUUAUCACCCAACUUUAACUCAUUCUCUUUCUCUGGACAGUGACUUUAUGGAACAACCUGAUGAUCAUAUUUUGUAUGACAAGCAAUCAACGUCCCCGCCUUCUACUAUGUUUAUGAAAAGAUCUUCUCUAAGCAAAGCAGAACGAAGAGCGGAACAUAAUGCUAUUGAACGAGCAAGGCGGGAAAAUUUGAAUAGCAAAUUUCAACAACUGGCAGAAUCUUUACCUAACCUUCAAAACUAUCGUCGUCCAUCCAAAGGUCAAAUUGUGGAAAAAGCUUUAGAUUGGGUACGACAAAGCAUCAGUAAAGAAGAUCGAUAUCAAUAUCAAAUUCAUCAAUUACAAAGGGAGAACAAACGACUACUGAUGCAACUCAAUUUACAACAACAGCAACAAGAUGGUCAACUCACUCCUCCACCAAUCAUGUCUCACACUCCACCUCAACAACAACAACAGUUACAACAACAGCUGCAGUUACAACAGCCUAUGCAACAACAACAACAACAACAACAACAACAGCAACAACAGCAACAACAGCAACAACAAUCUGCUUCCUCAGCAUCUAUGAUGGUACCACCCCAAUUGGUGACUUCUCCUUAUUCAAUCGCUUCCAGUUCAAGACGUGGAUCAAGUUUUAUGGAUGAUGAAGAAGAUCGUGGUGAAUUCAAUCUUAUACCUACCAACGCAGUUGCUAUGUCAUCAGAUCUUUACUUUUAUAAUGCCUUCUCAUCUCCUAUGGAUGUUACUUCUUCUUGGCCAAAAUUCAAUCAAUCUACUCCUACUAUAGUUCAUCCUACUGAUUUACCUUUUUAAAAUUGGUUUUCUUUUACUUUAUUAUUUUUUUUUUUUACUUUAUUUUGUUAGCAACUAUCCCAUCCCAUCAUUAUCUUUUUCUCAUCCUCAUUAUUUUAUUUUGGUUAUGCUUUGUGAACGUGUACGCUUAUGUGCCCAUUUAGUUAUUUAUUUUUGACUAUUCUUUUUAUCUACUGUAUUUUUUUUUCUCUCUCUCUCUCUUUAUCUCUCUUUUUAUCAUGUUAUCAUCCCAAUUAUCUAUUUUAUUUAGCUUUAUGUUAUUUUUUUCUCUCUUUUUUUUUUUUUUUUUUU